CACCCUGGCUAUGUUGACCUGCAAUAUCAGUUGUAAACCCGAUCCAGUAUUUGUAAAUACAUUAGACUCGGGCAUGGACACGAUACGACAUUUCUGAAUCAAACUCACAACAGAAAAGACGCUUUAUUCGUUACUCUGGUUUUUAUGUGGUUUAUCCCGUAAAAAACAAUUGUUGUUAAUUUGUAAUUCAGCCGAAGAGACAGUUCAUCAAUACGGAUUUAUAAAUGAUUGUGAAUGAACAUUCGGAAAAAACUGUUGAAAUGAAAUUUGACAUGGAUGGUUCAACUAUUGAAGGGCUUGCCCUAACACCGGACAACCAAACCUACUUACAGUCACAUCUUAAACAAGAACAGCUGGCUAACGAAAAGCUGAUUAAAGUUCAAGGGGAAAAUGCUAACUGUAUAGACCCGUCAAUGAAGUGGUCAGCAAAGAGACAACUAUCAGAUGACGAAGAAGAUGAUGACGACGAUGAAGAAAUUGACAUCGAUGACAGCGGCCGAUCCUUUAUGGAUACUUCUGCUUCACCCGUGAUGUCUCCAGAAAGUUCAGACAUUUUUGACAGGAGUGAUGAAAAUCAAGGGAACAAUGAUAGUGAUGAAAGUUCAAAGGAAAAUAAGAAACGAGAGAAAGGAAAUGUUGUUAAACCACCGUAUUCUUACAUCGCUCUCAUCACUAUGGCAAUCCUUCAAUCUCCGAGAAAGCGACUCACGCUUUCCGGAAUUUGUGACUUCAUCAAGAACAGGUUCGCAUACUAUCGUGAAAAGUUUCCAGCAUGGCAGAAUAGCAUUCGUCAUAACUUAUCUUUGAAUGACUGUUUUCUGAAGAUCCCUCGGGAACCAGGGAACCCCGGAAAGGGAAACUAUUGGACCCUUGAUCCAAGUAGCGAGGAUAUGUUCGAUAAUGGUAGUUUUCUGAGGAGGAGGAAGAGGUACAAACGCACCACACCCGAUGUUAUGCAGCAGCCAACAGCUUUCAUGUCCGCAGGGGAUCCAUAUUUUCAUCAUCCAAGUUUCCUCAGCGCUCAUUACUCACACCCUCAUCACUCCCAGGCCAUGGCAGGGACGGGUGUCCCCUACCCGUAUAUCUCGCCUCUCAUGACGUCACAUCUAUCCUUCUUCCCCCAGGGUGGAGAAAUGAGCACGAGACCAGCAUUACCACCUGCUUUGGCGUUGGGACUUUCAGGCACGCUUCGGGAUUCUGCAAUUUCCAACCACUUGGGCAGGGGUUUGAGUGCCCCGUCCCCACACAGUGUGGCGUCCACGCCCAGCCCUGUGUUAACAUCAACCUCCCCUCCCAAGUCGGGCUUCUCCAUAGACAGUAUCAUGGGCAAUACAGACAGUAAAAAAACAUCUCCAUCGUCACAUUCGUCGCCCCCAACAUCGUCAAACGUUUCUUCAAUUUCAUCAUCUUUCCGACCGGCGGCUGGACUUUCCCUGUCCAGUGCCAUGUCCGGACUUCGGCCAGGACUUUUGGACAUGGGACGACCCACCACGAACUCUGCUUUUCUCGCACAAUUACAGGCUUCUAUACCGAAUUUGAAUGCCCUUGAUAUCGAGAAAUACCGCCAGUAUAUUCAAGCUUGUGGGUUCACUAGCUGGCCUAGGUAGAACAGUGUAGGUAUUUAAAGUUGUAAACAUUGAAAUUAUUUCAUUUUCCGUCUGAUCAUUGUUAAUGUAACUCAAACAUUGUUGUUAGUCAGUAUUCAUUUCGAUAUACCAAAGUAUGUUCUUAGUGAUAUUUAUAGUUAAUUUGUUUAACACGUGGAAGUGUUGUUGGGGGAGGGGGUAGUCCCGGCGGGGAGGGGUAGAUAGCGAACACAUGUGAUACAGACAAUUAGAUAGAGGACUUGAUGUGUGGUGUUCCGGACCCCGUGGGGAGGGGAAGUGAAAACUUAACCCCCUCACACUCUAAUAGUGCCAUUUUAAUGAAUGAACCAGGUGCUGAAAUAUGGAUGAGAAUAUUUCAGAAACAAUUUAAAUUAUCGUGCUGAAACAUGACUUUCCUUGGACACCUUGGAAAUAUUUCAGGAACAUUAGCAUUGAUGUGCUGAAACUUGAUGCGAACUUUCGCCGUGCUUUGUUAAACUGUUGUCAGUAACAGUGACCACAGAUAUUGUGACAGUUUUCGUCCAUUAUAGGAAGUGUUGUCAUUCCCAAAUUGUUGAACGAUAUACCGUCUAGAUGUGUAAGUUAUUUUACAAUUUAUUGUCGAAAUAUUAAUGAAUAUAAUUGA